AUGCUCCUACUAACAUUUGGUCAACUCUACAUGGCUCUUCUCAACUUAAUUUCAAUGAGUUUUGGAGGAUUAGCUUUCGCUUACUAUAUUCCACUUUAUCCUAUUUGUUUAUUCAUCCACAAAAUAUCCCUCCUCUUAUUUUGCAUUAUUGUAACAUUUUCAUUUGGUCCUUUGGACUUUGUAUUGAUUGAAUUUAACAGCACUAGCUCACAAUCUGUGACAAGUGUCGAAAUUAUUCAGAAACGAGAUGACAUUUCUCAAUCUGUGUUGAAUUCUGAUCAGAUUAUUAGAAAGGAAGACUUUAGAGAAUAUGUGAAUAGUGAAACCAAAUCAAACACUAGUGGAAUACCAAUCCUAGUUGACCAAUCAGAAAUUUUCACUGAAAUUCCACUUUGGGACAAAAUUAGUAUAUUUUCCUUAUCAAAACCUCAAGAAUCAGCCAUCUCUCAAUUAUAA